GGGUUGACUGCGUGAAGGUUGUUACAUUUUUGUAUUAUAAUAUACCGGCACUAUAUACCAGUGCAUAUUUAUAAUCAAUGCUAUAACCAUGGGCCUAAACAUCUGCUCCGUGUUCGGAAGUCCAUUACCAACUAUUAUGUACAUGCACAGUGUUUGCAGUUUGCAAUUUAAACCCGUCCAUUCUGCAGCAAUCAUUUCGGAGAAUUGAACAUGCCCUAUAGAGCUUGGAAUACUCAGGUCACCGGUUCUUUUGUACCACUUUUCGCGCAAUGACAAAUAGCGGAUCCAAAUAGCUCAGCCAGCCCUUCAGUGGUGCCGGGAAACCUCAGUUACAGAACUCAAUGACGCGUCGCUGGCAUUAUUAGCUAUAAUAAUGCAAUUUCUCUUGGAACGGUGAUGCGAUUUUAGUGAGUCGCGUGCAUCGCGUAUUUCGGAGCUUACGAGUGACGGACGAAAUCUGUGGAUUUUUAUCAACUAUUCAACUUAAUGGUUUAGAAAUUACAUGAGAAAACAAUGUCGGCGCUGACAGAAAACAGUUACUUCAGAUUUCUGCUGCUCACCAUCGCCUACACUGUGUACCUGUGCAUGGGUGCCGGGGUGUUUCUGGCGUUUGAACAGUCGGUGGAGAAUAGCUACAAGGCCCGGUUACAGGGUUUGUCCGAUACCUUCAUGAGGGAGAACCCCUGUGUCAACUUCUCCACUAUCCACGCCUUCAUGGAGGAGGUCCUGUCAGCAGGCAGUAAAGGGAUUCGACUGGAGCCGGACGGGUCUUCCUACCGGGUGUGGGACUUUGCCUCGGCGGUCUUCUACAGUGUCACUUUGAUAACAACUAUCGGCUAUGGUCACAUGACUCCCCUGUCAGAGGGCGCCAAAGCCUUCAGUAUCGUGUACUCUCUGGUUGGCAUACCAUUCACCUUCCUGUUUUUGGGCAUGAUGGUGUCCCUAUGCAACAAACCAUCACAGCGACUACUGGACUGCUUACUUAGAAAACAACGAAACAAAGAAAGCAAACGUAGAGCUCAGACACCUACAGAAGACAAGUUCAGCAACCUGGGCAUCCACAUCCUCCAUCUGACUAUCAUCGCACUCAUCGUCUUCACUUUGUUCUUCCUGAUCCCGGCCGCCAUCUUUGACGCCCUGGAGAACUCGUGGAACUACCUGGAGAGUCUGUAUUUUGUCUUUAUCUCCAUCUCGACGAUAGGUCUGGGAGACUACGUGCCGGGAAGCGAACCGUACAACAGCGUGUACCAAGAUUACCGGGGUCUGUACCACCUAUGCACAACAGCUUAUCUUCUACUCGCCGUGGGUUCCUUGCUACUCCUGUGCGACACAGUGGUCAAGAUCCCACAGAUCAUGGGCGGCAUCUUCGCCAGCAUGGUCCCCCAAUCCUCGCCCGAGGAAACGGACUCCGUCGAGAUGGAUGACGCAGGCUCGGAGAAAACGGAUAUAACGAACGUUCCAAGCAGCUUCUCCACGUACAACAGUAUCAACGCUGACCAACCCAAAUGAUGUCAUCUUGAUGUGCCGUGGACAAGAGAAUCCACAUUGUUAUUAUUCAGUUUGGCAGCAACUACUAAAAACAAAAGUACAAGUCAUUGCGAGCAGCGUCUUCCCAAGUUUUUCGUAACGAAAAAUGGGGGAGUCCCAAAGAUAAUAACUUAUUUCAAAAUGCAAUUUAAUGGAAGGUGUAUUCACUAAAAAACAAACAAGAAUAGUCUUGCCUUUACUCGAGCUGGACCCGAAAGGCUCCGUACAGCUAGGACAGUAUUGAUACUCAAUGACUUAGCGAGUCAGUCAUUCAGCUAGUUAGGGCCUAGUCAGUUGUUCAGUUUUGCAGCCAGAGGAAAAUAGCCACGACCCUUCGGUCCCAACAAACGGUUGGUAAAGAAGAAAAUCUUUGGAGCUCUGGCCAGAUACAGAACGGCAACAAAGUAAUGAGCGGAGUCGUCCAGACUCGAGACCCCGAGGAACGCCCGAAGGAGGUUCUGGGCUAUCGGUGGUAAAGUACAGGGCCUACCCAGGGAAGCGAGGAGCAAGGUUGAGAUUCAAAAUGGUCGUUAUAGCAACAAUCCGAUAGCAACUCUUGAUGCAGACACUUUGGGAUUGCUUUCAGGGUAAAACUGUUUUGGUUUUGGUUGCGUUGGAGGAGGAUGGAUUACAUUCUACUUACAAUACUACUGAUAUUUCGGUGGAAAGAUAGUGUGGGGGACAGAUACUGGGGAACACAACAACUUUGCAGGCCCUUACAGUAGACACAGUACAACGCUUAGACAGCAAGUUGACGAGGGGCUAUUGUCGCUCCCAGCCUUUUCUAGUCUUGAAUGUAAAUUGAACCUGAGUGAACGAAUUUUAUUGACCAAUGUGGCACUUAACAAGAUGUAUAUAUUGCCACAAUAUAAUGCCUUCUAAAUUGACUGAAGAAAAGACAAUUGAUUCUGAAAAUGUACACUUUUAUUUGAAAGUAUAAUAAAAGAAAGAAUAAUGAUCAGCACAAGGUCUUCCGCGGGCCCGAUAGUUCAUAUAAUUAUUUGAUCUGCAUCUUGCGAUAGAGCCACAACUGCUAGAGACUUACGCUUUAUAGCUUCAUUUGGAAGGCGUGGCGAGAAAUCGGAGAGAGGGAGAGGAGUAUAUUGAAGCAACAUGGCUUGCCCAUGGACACAUGUAUUCUUACUCCCCCACCGUGGCCUCCAGAUCAGCGUAUCGCCUACGUAAAAAAAAUCUAGUCAAAGGCAGUUACCGAUGUAGAAAAAAACACCAAUGAAGCUGCACAUGGAACAUUUGCGGAUGAUUAAUGUGACUCUCAUUCAGUAUAAGUUUUCUUAAUGUCACUAAUUCAUUCACAAAUCAAUUAAAUGUAAAUCUGACUGAACAGUAAUUUUGUAAUUUAAGGUUUUGAGAAUUCAGUGCCUCUUAAAAAGAGGAGAAACUACAGUUGCUACCAGCUAAUUUUUUUCUAAUAUCUGAUAUUUUAUCCUCUUCCAUCUGUAUCUACAUGUACAAACUAACAAUGAUAAUUCAACUGUGCAGGGAAACUAAGUAGUAAGGUUUACAUAGUGAUGCCUGGUCUUAAACGCAUUAUUAUGCUUGUCCUUAAAAAAUAAUAUACACAAUAUUCCGUCUGCAACGUAAUACUUGUACAUAAAUAUGCAAUUGAAUCGGUGCAGGUGUUCCGGCUUUUAUGAUAAUAAUUGUUUUUAAAAAGCAUGCGUUUUGUAACGACAGAAUAUUAUAUCUUUCAACAUUUUCAACGGAGAAUGUUAAAUACAUUGCUUUCAACAGGAUCCGGCCUCUUUCGAAAUAUAUAUUUUAAGCCUUGCAGCUGCCAAAGUGCAACAUUAACGUCAGUGGUUAUUCUAGGAUAUAUGUAUAUUAUUUCCAUAUUUGUGACGGAGAUGAUUAUGUUGUGCAAGUUGCACGACUACACGAUGUACGGAACAGCCUCAACCAUUUCAUAUUUUGUUCUACAUAUUAAAAAGCUAGCUGACUAUCUAACGACUCUUUUUGAUUAUUACAAGAUGCUACUUUGUCUUUCGUUCUCAUCUCGAUCAAAAUAGCUUCCAUCAUGGGGCAUUUCUGAUGCAAAGGAAUACUAUACAUUGUAAUACUUAGUAUUAUUAUUAUUAUUAUUUUUAGUUUUAGUGUUCAUAGAAUAUUUAUUUAUCGAUUUAUAUUAUUAUAUAUGAACUAAUACUCAUGUGGGCUUUGAAGAAUAUUCGACUUUUUUCUAAGGUUUAUAUUUACUGCGACUGUGAAAUAACACCGGAAUAAUAUUUGGACCGCAUAGACGCAAUCUGUAUGAGAAUAUUCUGCUUAAUAUCUGUCCAACUAUCAUACCAACAACUUGUGUAAAAAAUAUCAUUGAUAUAAUAUGUUGUGGCCCUCCGACGUAUUAUCCAAAAUUGCUUACGAUUGUCGACCUAUGGAACAUGAGCUUGGUAUACCUCUACGAGGAAGCGAUGGGGGGUUUACUAUGCAAACUGCAAGUUAUCUAAAUGCCUUUGAGUUGGCAAUGGAAGUGAUUUAAUAAAAGUUGUCAUAAUUGACUUUUGCAUUAAUCACCGAGACCAGAAAAGCUGCGCAGUACAGUAAUGGCACAGCACCAGGUGUACAUGCCUUGAUGGAAGCAUAGUUGCCAUAGUCACAAACAAAAGAGAUCUACGUAGAGGCUGAAUGUGGGCGUCCAAUUAUGAGGUCAUACUUUUUUAUUUUUCCUCUCGUUUUACGGUUGCCAGUUGUGCCCAUCGUUCCCAUACAAUGUGUAGCCUAAUACACUAGUUUUUGCAUUGUAAGUGUGUUACUUUUUAAUCUCGAACUUGCAAAUUAAUCAGUAAAGAGCGUCAUGGAUCUAACGGUUAUUCUUAAAUAAAUCUAAGAAUGUGACUUAUUGAUAAAACCAUUAAUGUGAAUUACACAUUGCUAAUAAAGUAUAUCCUACAUGUAUGCAAAUUAGUACUUAUAUCAUUUUAAAGAAAUGCAAAUAAAAAAAUACGUUUUGGCUUCGAGCAUUUAGAGGACUCCGUAUUUGCUUCUGAAUUUAAAAAAAAAGGUAAUAACGUUUCCAUAAUGUUUUUAAACUACUUUUACUUCUUAGGUUAUUGCUUUUUUAAACAUGUUUGUCGAUGGAUCAAUCGAUAUAAGUGUUUAACCAGCAAACGAUAUAAAAGUCUUGAAAAAUCUUAUGGAAUGAUCUGUUUAGUUUGAAGUGUUCAAUGCCUUAUUCUAGAUAUCUUCAUAGCCAUAAUUGUGAUGCGAUCAAGCUAAGUGAGUCGUUUUUUGGGAACUUUCAUUUAGAGAUAUAGACCAAAAUUGGGCCACUUCAUCACAUCACUUCGUCACAUCUCUUGGUGUUCCGACUUCCAAAAUUUGUGAACUUAAGACGGUAUCAGCAUGCGGUUUUACAUCAGUAAUGCUGAGAUUGUGCUCUUUUCAAAUCUGUAAAAAAAAAAAAAAAUUAAUUGAUCAGGGUCGACAGACGACUCAUUUAGCUUCAUCGCAUCACAAUUUCAGUCCAAUGAGGUCAUUUUGCUUAAAUUCAGGACUGAUGUCUGCUACUCAUUGGGUUUUGCCUUUACUAUAAAUAGAUGCAGGUUGAUAUUUAUCAAGUAUUGUUUAAAUUUGAUUUAUUUAUUUAUUCAAUUUGGCGAAAAUAAGCUGUGAACAUCUCAGUCGCUUGUUUCCAAUGUCAAUAUACUUACAGGUAAUUAGCAUGUAGCAUGUAGGCCUGAAUACUUUUAUAACCUAAAAUGGUAACGUGUUUAUAUCAUGAACAAUUCAUUAAAACUCGGUCAUGUUUGAGUCAUUAUUCAAUAAAUGCAACAGACAAGGUCUGUUUAAUGGUCUGAGUAA